AAAGAGUCAAUCAACCAAGCAAAUCGUCAUGUAAUCGUCAUCAGCAUCACAUAAAGCUGGACUGCUAGGAAGUUUUCGAGUUAAAAGUAUUCCUAUCGCCAUUUUCGUUCAUAGUGCCUCAAAUGUAUACUGAAUCUUCAAAUUGAGUCGGCACUUUCAUCUCUACAACUGCCACAAUAAGACAUAUGUCACUUGUCAGAAUGUAAAUGUGAAAUGUGGUUCCUGUGUACUGUGUCUUGUGAAAAAAAGUGGUGAUUAAGGUGAUUGACGAUGCUUUCUUAUUUCUAGAAACAAAUUUGUGGAAAUUUUAUUUUUGUAACUGACUCCUCAUCGAUAAAUAGGAUGGAUGCAAAGAACGCAGCUAACGAUGAAGAAUCUGUGUCCCACAAGCAGACAUCCAAGCAAAGCAAUAUUUUGCCAUUAUGGGGCAACGAAAGAAGCAUGAACUUGAACCCCCUUAUUCUCACAAACAUUCAGAGCUCGCAUUACUUCAAAGUGAACUUGUACGAGUUAAAAACCUACCAUGAAGUGGUAGAUGAAAUAUACUACAAGGUAACUCAUAUGGAGCCUUGGGAAAAAGGCUCUCGUCGAACCUCAGGACAGACAGGCAUGUGUGGUGGGGUAAGAGGAGUCGGUGCGGGGGGCAUAGUUUCAACAGCCUAUUGUCUCCUAUACAAACUAUUCACACUGAAAUUGACUCGCAAACAGCUGAAUGGACUCAUAAAUCACACUGAUUCACCAUACAUCCGGGCACUGGGAUUUAUGUAUAUCAGGUAUACAUUUCCACCUCCUCAGCUGUUGGAUUGGUAUGAAGACUAUCUAGAGGACGAAGAGGAACUAGAUGUGAAAGCAGGUGGUGGUCAAGUGAUGAAAAUUGGGCAGAUGCUGAGACAGUGGCUGGUCAAGUUGGAGUGGUUUUCCACUCUUUUUCCUAGGAUACCUGUGCCUAUCCAGCAGAAGAUCCAAAAGCACUUGGAGGGUCGUUUUCCACAGAGUGCGGUGCAAGCAGCAACCGCGCCUUCAGGCGGCGGGGCCGACAGAAGAUGGGGCGGCGCUGCAGGUGGCGGAGGCGGGGGAGCAGGUAGACCGCCCCCCAGGGAGGAUAUUCGAAAAAAUUUCCUGAGGGACGACGAUCGACGGAUCGACAGGGGCAUGCCACAGCAUGAUUUCAGGGGCAGGGAUGAUAGGACUAAAGAUAGUGGACGAGACAGAGAGAGAGACAGUAGAGACAGGAAAUACCGAGGCCGUAGCCCAGUCAGAGAAAGGGAUAGGAGCCCUUUACGGAGACAUGGGAGCCCGCAUCAUUCCUCUCAUCAUAGCAGACACAGAGAUGGCAGAGACGAUUAUAGCAGUCGGCAUAAGAGGGACUAUAGGCAUUAAUACUCAUACCCAAAACGUCCAAACUCGUUUAUUUAGUACUUAACUUGAAUAAGCAUGCAAUACUCGGAAACUUUCCAUAGAUAGCCUAACAUAGUGUGCAAGGCAUGCAUGUUGGAUGACAUGUCACUGCCUUUCAGACUGUUGUGAUUUUCUUUUUCAUUGUUGAGAACUUUUUUACAAUUACCAGCAAGAUUGAGGGGUGUUCUUUUCUUGGGCUGUUGGAGUCAUGUUUAAGAAUAAGCGAUUUUCUUUAAAAGGAAAGUGGAGUCUGACGUAUUGUAGCUGCGACUAUAUGAACGUUUAAAAACAGCAUACUGUUCGGCGACUUCUUGCAAAAUAUGUUAAUAAAUGCCUGGUAUCAACAAACUCGUCGAUUUGACGGCAGCUAAUGAAUUCGAAUAAAUUAGAGCCUAUGUUUACAGUGCAUCGUUUCUCGCGAAAAUUGCGUAUUUUUAGUGCAUUCUUUUGACUCAUUUGACUGCCAUUGCCUACCAAAGUGUUAAUGUUGUCUCAACAUAAUAAUGCUUACCGUUGGAAAGAUCUACCUUUAUUAGUAUUGUGUCUUGAACCACAAUUAUCUGCAAACACUCGUACUUAUAAAAAAUAACACCAAACAGAAUUUAAUGACAAAUAAAUCGUAGGCUUGCUCCUUUUACCUAGUCUACCUAAACAUCGUCGGAUCUAUAAUCAAUUCAAAUAUCAUUUACGGCUCGCUAGCCAAUAGGACCGCUCAAAUUUGUACAACGCACGCUGGCGUUUGUUUUUGUUUUUGUGUUUUGGAAUACUUAGGGCCGUAAGUAAGUCGUUCCUACAAUUGUAGGAUGCCUUUAUGGCCUUGAUUUUCAUAGUUUUCUACUGCUCCGCGUCAGCGCUCUAUUUUGAGGUUAUGUCGCAAAUGUCUAUUUGCAUCAAGUUGUUCUGCUUUUGAUUUAUUUCAUCUGUUUUAUCAGCCGUACAUUUACUGCAAUUCAAAAAGAAAGCAUAAUGAAUGAGGGAAAAUUCUAUGACAAUCAAGGUCAUAAAGGCAUCCUACAAUUGUAGGAACGACUUGUUUUAUCAGCCUGAAAUUUCGUAUAGUUCAAAAAGAAAACAUAACCUCACAUAAGGAGAGCACUGACACAGAACUAUAAAAAUAAAAAUACCCCAGCCUUUCUGAAGGAGGGAAAAUACUAUGCAAAUCAAGGAGGUCAUAAAGUUGUCCUACAAUAUUGUAGGAACGACUGUCGAUACGGGCCUAAGGUUCCAAGGCGAUCUAUGUGUAGUUUCGAGUUUUGUUUGUUUUCAAGUUUUAUGUUUAGUUUCAUCAAUUUCAUUACGUUCUCAAUUCACCUACGAUUUUUUUAUAAACUAAUUACGAUUUCAGUUUUUAUACAAAAUGACGUACAUACCAUAGUGGGGAUACAAAUCUGUGGCGUUUUCUGUGUAUGUAGCUCAAAAAAGUAUGGUUGAAGAUGUGUUGUCACACUGUAAUAUGUAAAUAGUACAUAGAUCCAUAGAAUAUGAAAAUGUCUGUCAAAUGAAGCAUCUCAAUUAAGAGAGCUUUUUGGUGAAACCAAAAAAAUACUUUUAUUUUUCUUACUGUACAUACUUCGUUGCAUAUGAUUUUUGUUUUGAUUGCUUACGUACGUAUUAUUAGCAUUAUUUUAAGCCGCAUUGAAAUUGUGAAAAUAGGAAAGAUUUUUGUAUACAGGAAUAAGAAGACACAUUUUUAUAAAA